UGACAUUUUCUAUCUUAAGCCUCAUCUACUGUAUAAUUACAAAUGGGUUUAAGCAGAACAUUGUAAAGAUCACAAACCCACUUCAGCUUCCUCUGUGCAUGUAAGAUGAAAGGAUGUCGAGGCUGAUGUUUGCAGGAGGAUGCAUGCAACAUACAAUCAUCACUCACAAAUCACCCCCAGAACAAUCAUACUGUUCAUUUGAAUUCAUUGAUAAGAUUCAUUCUUCUAACUUAGUUAUUGUAGCUGAUUGAUCAAAGUCCAAAUCUGUCCUGAUCAUCUUUGUGCUCUACAAGGUCAAUAUCAUCAGGAAUUCAGAAAACAUCUACAAAGAGUAAAGAACUGAACCUGGACAAAUCUGAUCUGGUCUAACUGAAGUAGGUCAAGAACAACAUGACUGAUGAGGAGACAAUGGACCCUGACUACAACUACUCUGACUACAUCUUGCCAGAAUAUGAAGCCGAGUUGUGUCACAAAGAGGAGGUGGUGAAAUUUGGAUCCAUUAUUAUUCCAGUGUUUUUCACAAUAGUGGUUCUGUUAAGCUGCAUCGGUAACAUCCUCGUUCUGGUCAUCCUGGCGCUCUACGAGAACCUCAAAUCCCUGACCAACAUCUUCAUCCUCAAUGUAGCUCUGUCAGAUCUGCUGUUCACGUUUGGACUUCCAUUCUGGGCCUCGUACUACAUCUGGGGUUGGACGUUUGGAGAGAUUGGCUGUAAAGCGGUGAAGUUUCUGUUUGAUGUUGGCCUUUACAGCAGUGUGUUGUUCUUGACUCUCAUGACCAUUCAGCGUUACAUGGCAGUGGUUCAUCCUCUGUCUGACUGGGAGAAAUGCAGAGGAUUUUCUGCCGCUCCAAUCAUCAUUUGGAUCCUGAGUGGAGUGGUUUCACUGCCCAAUUCACUUUAUAGCGAAGUCACACUUUAUUUUGAUAAUACAUUCUGUGAAUAUGACAGUGUUAAAGUGAAAUUUGGCAUAGUUUAUUUUCAAAAUUCUUUCUUCUUCAUUGCAUUUCUAAUCAUGGGUUUUUGCUGUGGCAGAAUGCUUUGGUCCAUAACAAAAUCACAGACCAAUGAGAAACACAAGACUGUUAGACUAACAUUUGUUAUUGCACUGGUGUUUUUUAUUGGUUGGGCUCCAUAUAACAUUGUUAUGCUCUUGAAUACUUUGACAGAUCAAAAUAUCAAGCCAUUCACAGAGUGUGAAGUAAGCAUUAGACUCGACUAUGCAUAUCAUACUUGCCGAACAUUAGCUUUCUCAAACUGUUGCUUAAACCCUUUGUUUUACAUUUUUGUUGAUGUAAAGUUCAGGAAUCAUCUAAAAAUGAUUCUGCAGAAGAUCUUUAAAUAAUAAUAAUAAUAAAACUUAAUCAAGCCAGAUUAGGAAAAAAAAUGUUGCAGAGUUCAAUGAGAAAAUGAACCAACGAUGAGUUUUAAGAUACAGUGUGAAUGAUGUACAUAGAGAUUCUGUUUAGCUAGUGCUGAUUAUUUGAAAAUUCAUCAAGCACAGCAGAUAUAAUUGCAAUCGUUUGAAAGCUUUGUUGAGUCAUUGCACAGCUUCUGCUGAUAAUUACAAUCAUUUAAUAUGGAUGAUUAAAAUUCUGAAAAAUGCUGCCACUGUGCAGGAAAAUUUCUCUCUCUAAUUCUCACACUUCAAUUUAAUUCACAUUUGCUUGUAUAGCGCAAGUGACAAAGUCACAAAUUUCGAGUGAUCUGUUAUCAGAGGUGAUGGUGUCCAAGUAAUGGCCAUACUUCAGAAAUGUACAGUUCUAAGAUAUUACAAAUCAUGCAGUUACCUAACAUCAUGUAUUCAUUUAGGCAGAAACACUGAGCUCAUUAAAGCAAUUAUUACAAGUUGUGAUCAUAAUUAUCACAAUAUAUAGAAAUUUGGCAGUUGUGUAUGUGCACGUGUGCGCAUGUCCGUUAAGUCCACAAGACCAUAGGGUGUCCCCAUUUGUCAAUUUUAUGUUUCAGAAGGGUGCUCGCAAGCUCCCCCUUUGCCGUCGAUAUGCACCCUCGAUGCACACUUUUGACAAGCCCUCACUGGUGUGAGCUCAGCAGCAGACAUCUUCCCGACAGUCAAAGCGCCAUUACGUCGUGAAAGUGCAGACUCAUAGGAAGACUGUGAGUAUUUAGGGUGCCAUUUGGAACAAGGCCUAUAAAGCAGCAAAAGCAUUCAUCUAUGUGAAAACUUAUGUGAUCCAUGCUUUUCUUUCUUUUUCUGGAAGUGUAUAAUGAAAGCACCCCAGCGGCAAAUGUUCAAUUGUUGUCAUUAAUGCAGAAAAUAUUUUCAUUUGAAAUUAAAUUCUUUUUCCUAUGUUUAUGUCUGUUUAUUUACUGUAUGCAUUUGCAUUAAGACUUUCAUGUUUCUGUCACUGCUUGUACAAUAUAAAGUGUAGCAUGUAAAGUGUAGCAUGAGCAUAAAGCUUGAGUCCAGUUCAUGAAACAAUAAAAUAAAGAUUCCUUAUUGGCAUCAAUGGUUCCAUGAAGAACCUUUAAUCAAGUUAAAUGAGUCAUUCAUUAGACCGAUGCAUUCAGUAACGAAACAUCACUGUGUUGCUCAGAGCCGUAGCGCUACUGUGGAUUUGUUUGGAACUAUUUUCAUUUGCAAAAUAUUUUGAGUCUAAAAUGUAAAUCACCUAAUAUUAACUUUUUUUUUUAUUUAACUGUUGUAUAAAAUCAAUAUGAUAUUAGAAAAAUCAGUGGUAUU